AUGCCAGCAAGGUCAUUUGCAAGGCUUGACCUACUGGUGCCAGCUAUUGACUCCGCGCACCUCGCGCCAAGCUUGCCACUACAUAGCUGCCUGCGUGCGGACGCAUCUCUCGUAGUUGUGGACUUCACCCACCUGGGCUCCGCCUCGUUGCUAAGAAGCUUUGCAAGGCUUGGAGCUCCGACAGCUGCUCUGGGGGCUGCAGCACCAGAGUCCUUUUUGCCCCUGCAAGGCCCUGGCUGCCUGGGUUUGACCUUGGCCGCAAAAGGAUUGCUCCGCUGCGGAGCUCCUUCGCCCUUUCCUGGGGCUGCUUGUGUGGACUUGUCGCCAAUGGCAUUAGAUUUCGGCCAUUCAGAUGCCUCGUUCUUUCUGCAGAGCUUUGCACGCCCUGGCCUGCCCUCGUCCGUGCCUGGUGCUUCAGUGGCAUCCUCCCUAUCCUUGCAGAGCUCGCAAUGUGCUGAAGCCUCGCCGUUUGCCUGUGGCAUUGGGCGAUCAGGAUUUUUGCCGCUGGUGACCGACUUUGCUCAGCUUGACCUUCCGUCAUCUAUUCGAAGCUUUUGCUGGGUAGGCACUGCACUGGCUGCAAUGGACGUGGCUGGCCUGGGUCUGCUGCUGCCAUCGCAUAGGAUGGCCUGGUUGGGCUCCUCCUCGCCUGCAUGUGGGCUGUCACAUUUUGAUAGCUCGCCCUUUGCCGUGGACCGUGCAAUGUGUGGACCUUCGCCGCCUUUGCAUUCCUCAGCACAGCCUGGACUUGCUGCUUCAGCAUGCACCUUUGCCUUGAUGGGCUUGUCCCUUCUUCUGCAGAACCUUGCCUAG